AUGAUGAAUUUAAAAAAAGUUGCUCAGUAUCUUCAUAAAGUGUUUAUUUUCAACCAGAGUUUUCAACUGCAGUAAAUUUGCCCAAUUUUUGUAGAAAAUGGAAAUGUGAAAAUAUCUAGAAAAAAGAUAUCAGGUAACUAAAAUAUGAACAAUCUUUUAAUAUUGAGAACGUUUUAUUGCCUGUAAUAAAAAGUAUUCAGUUUUGUGCAAUAUUUUUUGCAAUUUUUAGUAGCUAGUUAAUAUUUAUUCUACAAUCUUUUGAUUUUCAGGAUGAUUUUAAUGCAUUUUCUAAUACAAUUUGUACAAGAUUUUGGUAAUAAUCAGACAGAAUUAAGCAAAAAGUAAUUUGAUUGACAACUAUAACUAACCUACGAAUCCAUGUUCAUGAUUACUGAUUACAAUCACUGAUUAUAAUCCAGUAGUUGUGGCUAAUAAAUAACUGAAAUUAACAAUGUAAUCAAUGAACACGGUCAACUCAAUAACCAUUAAUCACGGAAUAAUUAUGUGUUUGAUUACAAUUAACAGAAAUUUAGUAUCAUGGUAAUUAUAAUGAUAUUGGAUAAUAAAAGGUAUUUGUAAUCAUGCAUUAAAUGAUUACAAAUCACAAAUUAAUGUAUUUAUGACUAUUGACUUGUGUCAGAAAUGAUUAAUUGGCUUGUGAUUACUAUGAUUACUUUUAGUAAUCAAUUACAAAAACAAUUAGAAAAUAACUAAUUACAAUAUUAUUACUUAAUCUUAUUCGUAUGGAACCAAACUGAAUUAACGAAUAUCUUUAAUAGGCAAAAAUUGGUUAAAUGCACAAUUUUUUCAAGUUAAUGAUGUUGCAAAUUUGCGACCGUGUGCGUUUAAAGGUUAAAUUAGCAUUAAUUGCAAACAAUAUCUCUGAAUAUUGUGUGAAAAUAUAUAUCAUGAAAAAUGAUUUACAUACGUGAAGUUUCUAGUUAUAUUCUUCACUAGAUUGGCAUCACACCGUGCAAAAGACUGAAACUUAAUAAUACAUCAUCUUACUAAGAAUUUGAUUGUUCCAGAAGAUGUUGGAGGGAUCGGCGAAUCAACUAUGUAGAUGGUUAUUCUUGGCGGGGUUGAUUUAUUGCUCGUCCUGUCAAGGUGUUUCUUCCACGUUUGAAAACAAGACGGGCCAAAGCGAGAGCAAGCCGCGCGUAUUCUCGCCGAGAAUGGAUUACGACGAGUGGACACCGCUUGGCCGUGGCGAUCCGUUGAAGAACAAUCCGACAUUCGAUUACGUUCCGCCUGUGCUCGACAGGGUUCAAUAUUGGCUCGACUCUCACACGACCGAGCCGUCCGCGAAACGCGACAUCCUCGUACUGGGUGUCACCGCGAAAAAAACCAGUCCGAAGAUACCGGAGCAGUUCUUGAAGUUUGUCGACGGGCCGAAGUUCACGAGAUCGAACCACCAGGAUGUCAGGGGCAACGACUUCACUGGCAGCACUGGCGCAGAACCGCCGAAAUUCGUGAGGACGAGCAACUUCAGGAACGGGCCGAUCGACUACAGGAAUCAAAACAGAAUCCAGUCGAUACCGGCUAGCUACUAUCCCAGCCCGUUUUACAAUCAAAAGACGAAACCUUACACGAUGAUGCUUCCACCGCCGUUGACUCAGAAGGACAAGAUCGUCAGCUUCGUCGAGUCUAUGAAUCAGCAACAGCAGCAGUACAACACGCAAACGGAGGACGGACUCGUGCUCCAAGACUCGCAGGUUUACGGUUCUCCACUGAAGGGUUACAAUCAACAGCAACCAGGGAAACACCAGUCUCAAACUUUGUCCAAGUUCGCCCCGAACAAAGGCCCUGUUCAAACAGUCUCCACGCAAGUGGAAACAAUCAAGAGCGUGCACGGCCCUUCGUCGUCGCUGUCGACGAAGCUCAAAUACGACAGCGCGACCACACCGUCCGUUUCCUUCGAGAAGUCCAAUCUGAUUUACCAGUCGACGCAAACAUUGUCCGGCGGCUGGCCAGCUGGUGGCUCGUUCGCGACGUCGACCAUCGUAUCGGACGCCGGUCAGGCCAGCGAUUACUCUCGCGACCAAUACGACGUCGAUCAUCACGUCGCGGCGGCGUCUUCGAAUCAUCAGGUGGUCGUCGAGCAGAACGCGAAUAUAAUAGUCGACGGAGACAGCAACGAAAACGAGGAGGUGGUCGUCGGUCAAAAGGAGAAAGUCGACUCAGCGUCGAACACCGUGUCACCUGUUACGACCACGAUGACGACGACCACUACGUUCGACUCCAUCCACGAGGAUAAGAACGACGACGCGGACGACGAAUCGACAACGAAUCGGCCCUCCGAGAAGAUGCACAUCGUUAUCGCCAAUUCGCCCCACAGUCUUGACGUCGAGGCGACGAGCGAAGCGAAGCGAGAACCAGUGGCGAUCGUGAUGCCGAGCAAUUAUUCGGCGACGAAUAAGAAGUUGACUCACGCCUCUUCAAGCUCGGUGACAAAGCCGGAGUCGCCGGAGACAACUGCCGCAACCAACCUCCUCGUGGAAAACUCAACCGCGGCGGGAACAGCCAGCGAAGUCUCGUCGAAAGUCGAGUUUCAGCCAGUUCGAGGUUCGCCGAUCUUCGCGGAGAGCUCGCAGUCCACGGUCGUUUUACCGAACAAAAUGAUGCCGGCUCAUCAGCAACAGCAGCACGCGAUGCACUACCACUCGACGAUCGCUCCGUUCCCCUCCCAGCAUCCUGUCGAUUCUUUCCUCGGAUUUGGCCCGCCGCAAGCUCCUCUCUCCUCGAUGAUGCACCCACAGGCUAAGCCCAACCACGGGACGAUGCAUCUUCUCGGUAGCAUGCGUCCGACAGUCGGUUUCCGAGCUCCGGUCUCGAUGUCGAUGUUCCCGCCAAUGACGCACAUGCACGCGCCACCGCCGCCACCGCCACCUGUAAGAUCGACGAUCGAUCACAUGGGAUCACCUUUGAUCGUGGAUCAGCCAGCAGCUCGCCCAUCGUCGCCGCAGUUACAGAACUUCCCCCCUAUGUUCGUCGACUCGCCGUCGCAAACUUCGACUCUGAUCGCGCAUUCGAUCGCUACCGAGGACCAUUACUUCGAUCGGCAUCGAGCUCGCUUGCCAGGCACAACCGCGUCGAUCUUUACCACACCGACCUCUUCUCCCUUCUUGCCUACCGUCUCCUCGCCCGUGCUCGAGAAUUCGUCGUUGGUUGACAUGCACGACGCCGGUCAUUCGGAAAAGAGCGACGAUCGUUCUGCGGGGAAAGAGGCACCGGUCCGCGACAGAGAGCAAGGAGAAGAGAUAGAGAAAGUGGAAAUGGAAAUGGAAAUGGAAGAGGAGGAGCAGCGGGAGAAAGAGCGAGACAGUCGGAAAAAAAUAUCGAUCGGCUCGUCCUCGGAUUCGACGACCCCGAGAGUUACCACCGUACCGAAUCUGACCACCGAUCCUAUCUUCUCGCACUACAAACAACCGGCGAAACCUAUCCGCGGCCCGAUGUACCUCAUCAUUCAGGGCCACUCGAAGGUGAAGACUUACAAACCCACGAUGAGCAAACACGGAGUGCCUAUAGAGGGGAACGAGAUCCCGGAGAGCGUCACAGAGAGACAGUUGUCGAAAUUCGAGCAGUUCGUUCAGGAGAACACGAGGAGUGGGAAUCGCGCGGCAACAGCGAGUGCAGCGGAGAAGAAGAAGAUAGAAGAGAAAGCGCGUAUCGAGAAGCUCGCUAAGGUUCGUCAAAGUAACUUAAUGAGCCUUGUCGAGAGCGGUUUAGCGAGCUUCACCGUGUCACCUUCGUCUCCUGUGACGGAGGACGAACGCCGAGGAAACUCGGUGACCACGAUCGAGAUCAACGCUAACUAAGAUUGUUCGCGCGGAUAGGAAGAGAUUGGAAAGAGAUAUAUGCAGGAUGUGCGACGAUACGACCGAAGCCUCAAUAAAGUCGAGAGACUCGACUCAAGCGUGACUCAAACGGAUCAGUUUAAAACUAUUCAGUUCGAAACUAGUUGGUCACAAGACGAUGGUUGCGCUGUCGCGAACAAAUUCACAUGAAACGAUACGUGGACGAUGUCAGUCACGAAAUUUCUGUUUCUGCGACGCAGCUUUCUUCGAGCUAUUAAUUGCAAAAGAUGCAAAUAUUACCAUUGAAAAUUCGCAACAUUCUGUAUCGUUAAUUUCAAAUCUACGAUUCUACGAAAUUGUACAUUUAGAGUUUGAUAAUAAAAAUAACAGCAGAGAGGGUGUUUCCUCUUUGAAGUUUUAUUUUGAUACAUGGGAAUGUGGUUGAUAUUGAUUUCGAGCGAUUAAAAAUUGGUUUCGUUCAUCGAUAUGAGAUCGGUUGAGAUUGGAUUAUGGUUUUAUGGUUGAGAAAUUGGUUCUAAAGUGGUUCGUCUGAGUUCAACCUUGGGCUACGAACGAGCCUAUACACGAGCGUUGAAACGACCUUCUUCAAUUUAUUCUACAAAUUAAAAAAGCAUAGGAAGAUAUUGAUACCAUAAAUAUUAUUGUUUAAAUUUAUCUCUAGAAUUUAUCAUUACUCAUUUUCCUCCGAAAAAUGAAUUUACGAACUUGUGAAUUGGAUAUCGAUUCUGUGAUACUUAUGUAAUGAAAUUAAUAAAAUUGGAGUUUGCGAAGGAGUCACAUUGUAGUGUGAUAAAACGAAUAAACGCUCGUGACAAAUUUAUGCUUAUUUGUUAUAUUCGUUUAAUGAACACAAAUACACGUAGAUGUGAAUACAAAUUCGGUUUAAAUGCACUAUGUAUUCACGCAUUAUAUUUUCAACAUAUGCUUAAACGUUCGUUAAUUUUUUCUCGAUGCAUUCAUGCUACGAAGAACGCUCUGAAUUUUAUGUUUUAAUGCAUGUUUUGAAUUACAUACAUUUUCUUUUUACUUAGUUCUAACUACAGGAUUAGUAUUUAAUUCUAAAAAAAGAAAUAUAUAACUUAAGAAAAUGGCACAAAUAAUGGUCAAUUCUAAAGAAAAUUUAAAAAAAAAACAAUGCUUGUGAUAUCAUCAUUUUACUGUGCUUUCCGAUUUAUGAAACCGAUCAAUAUGGCUUCUGAAUAAUUAUCGUCAAUCGUCUGUUGUUUUCAGCAAUUUCUUUGCAACGUUUAUACACGUUAUAU